AUGUCGACUAGUACGAUCCCAAUACCCCGCGACCCAACUGAUGACGAGGCUCUUGCCUUGUUCAAGACGGUAGAGGAGAAGUUUCCUUCAAGGUCACUUGGAGGUGACAAGUGGUAUGUCCUUCUGCUUGCGUCAAUCGUUGGCGGCGGACAGCCCGGCUUCGCGCCCCUGCUCUACAAGGAGCUUAUCAAGCGACCUGAAUACCAGACACCCGAACACCGCCAGGCUUUGAUGCGAAGAAUACGCGAGACACUGUUCAAGCUCAUCGUCAUUGUGGGUGUGUGCAAGCCACUGGAAGCCAUCUUCGACAUCGAUGCAAUUACCAAGCCAGAGGACAAGGACUAUACAUUCUCAAGGUAUAGGAUCAGAAACAAUCAGCACGCAAAUGUGAAAACUGACAGCAGGGCAGAGAAGGAUGGCAAUGUGAUGAGGCGAACUCAAAACGUGGUGCAGCAUGGCAAGGUCGCUUGUACCAGCACAACCAAGAAGGCAUCGAUAAUGUAUUGGACGAGCAAGCAAAUUACCUACGGACUCUAUCUGUCCGAUCACAGCAUUCUCAAUGACGUUGAGACCGAGCUCACUGUACUCAGCGGCAUCAUGAUUCAGAAUCUACCCAGAGAAACCGCCUGGCAUUUACGCGGCACCAGGCGCAUUGGCGUUAGCAGAGAUGACGUUGAGACGAUCCAACAAUGCAUCGAGCUUGUCGCCAAUUUCUGUGGCUUACGACUGCACAAGGUACCAAGGGUCGCGGAUAUUGAGCAUGAAGUCUAA